ACGUUAAACCUAUACUUCUGUCUACACUCAAUCAGAUCCCUUAAACCCUAAUUCUUUCUUUGUCUUCUGCAACCACAAGAAAUUCACAUUAUCGCUUGUUUCCUUCAGUUCCCGCUAGCACCAAUAAACUCCAUCGUCGUCGUCGUCGUCGCCACCUCCGCCGCCGCAAACCAUUACCUCAUUCAAGAAGUAAUUAAUCGGGAAAGUUUAAAGCUUUGAUUGAGUAAGACUCGAUAUUCUGUUUCCUACGAAGCCAUGGCUCGUUUUCGGAAUAAAAAUAAAAAGGCAUUUGUGAAGCCGGUUGGGAAGAAGAAGCAGCCUACUGUAGAUCACAUCACAGGGGAUAAGAUCCCAAAGAGUUUUGUGUUUUCCCGAGGGAAAUUGCCUGGUCCUCUCAAGCAGCUUGAAUUGGACAUAAGAAAGUUGAUGCUUCCGUAUACUGCUCUCAAGCUUAAGGAGAAAAAGCGGAAUAAUCUUAAGGACUUCUUGAAUGUUGCUGGGCCAAUGGGUGUUACACAUUUCCUCAUAUUGUCAAAGACUGAAACUGCUCCAUACUUGAGGGUUGCAAGAACUCCACAGGGCCCUACUCUCACGUUUAAAAUACAUGAGUACUCAUUAGCUGUUGAUGUUGCACGAUCUCAAGUGCGUCCUAGAUGUCCUCAAGACCUUUUCAAAAAUCCUCCUUUGAUUGUUCUUUCUGGUUUUGGAACUGGAGAUCAACAUCUAAAGCUUACAACCGUUAUGUUUCAGAACAUCUUUCCAGCCAUUGAUGUUAACACUGUCAAGCUUUCUACUUGCCAGAGAAUUGUGUUGCUAAAUUACAAUAAAGACACCAAGCUUAUUGAUUUUCGACAUUAUUCAAUCAGACUACAACCUGUAGGCGUUUCUCGUAGACUUAGAAAAUUUGUUCAGAACCAUCAAGUCCCUGAUCUCAGGAGUCUUCAGGAUGUGAGUGAUUUUGUUACCAAGGCUGGUUACGGGUCAGAAAGUGAGGCUGAUGAUGAAGCAGCAACAGUGACUCUGGUGAAUGAUCUUGGUAGAGUCAAUCGGGCUUCUACAAAAAGUGCUGUCAAGCUUCAGGAGAUUGGACCCAGAAUGACUUUGCAACUCAUGAAGAUUGAGGAAGGAUUGUGUUCUGGUGGAGUCAUCUUUAGUGAAUAUGGACCCGUUGGUGAUAAGAAAAAACAGGACAAUAAGAAGGCAGAGGAUCAAGAAGAUACUGAAGAAAGCGAGGAUGAGGACAACGGUGAGGAUGAGGUAGAGGAAGAGGAAGAGGAAGAUUAGUAACAUUCCGAAUUGCGAGUACCAUACUUUUUUCAUUACAUGAAAACAGUUUUGACAGCCACUACGGAGUUGGUGCUUCAGAAGAUGAAAGGUACCUCUAUGAAAGAGAGUUUUUAUUUAUCAAGGAUUUUGGCAGCACUAGCACUAGUGACUUCAUAAUUUUUGUAUUUUUGUUUUAGCGAUGUACUUGGGUGCCUAUAUGAAGAGGAAUGAUUAUUUAUCAAGGAUUUUGGCUUCACUAGCGUUAGUGAUCCCCAUACUUUUUUGUUUUUGUUUUAUUGUUGUAAAAGAUAAGAUUUUCCAGGUUCA